UGAGGAUUCACUCCUAGGAAUUAUGCAGCAGGCAACCAUCGGGCUUGACUAGAGGAGGUAGAGCCAGUAUUUUCUAUAGUGUAGGACGUGCAAGCUGAACACCAUGGGGAAAAGAGUGUCUUCCCAAGAUACCGUGUAGGAGCAUUAAACAAAAACAGGCAGUAAGCUAAUACCUGAACUCAUGCUACUAAAACUGUUCAAUUCGCUAUCUGUAUCUGGUAGUUUUGCAAGCAAAGAUUAUGCUUGCAGAACACAAAUACGAAGGAUAAAAUCUCCUAAACUUGGAUUCAUGCCCAUAGAAGAUAUCGGUACAUCAUCCGCAUCAAGUAUUCUGCAACUACUACUAAUGGUUCCAAACAUCUUCCACUAUAUGAUUAGUUAUACAGAGUCUUAUGUUGAUUCACAUCAUUGAAAAAGCAGAAGAGAUAGGGAAGCUUACCAAAAUAAUAAAAUUUUUUUUUUAAUAUAUUUUCAAGUAAAAAAAAACAUUUUAAAAUGUCUAUAUGAGCAGAGACACGAAUGCUUUCUUGGUUGAAGAUUAGGCGAAACCUCAAUUUAGCCUCCCUAUUGUAACUCUAUAUGGAUUUUAGUUCCUAAUCUGUAUAUCAAUUCUCAAUUAAUUCACCAACUCAAUAUAUUUUAUUAAUUAAGUCCAAAAUGUUUCAGUCAUUUCUCAAUUGGGUUCCUUUUCCAUUAUUUAGUACUAUUUUACCCAAUAAUCAUUUUAUAUAAAAUUGGGCACAAAAAUUAGAAAAAAUGAUCCGAAUUAGAAAUCCUUUUGUCAUUGAAGACCUAAUUGAGAAACGAUUCUGUCUUGUACUUAAUUAAACAUUAGAUAAUACAUUGGGGGGCUAAUUUUGAGAUUUCCACUCAAAUGUUCUAGCCUCGAGUCCAAACAGAGCUCAAAUUUGGGCUUUCUCAUAUUGUUCUCUUCUUGUCUGCUGUCUAUCUUUGCUGUUGUCUUUGUACCGUGGUUUCGAAACGUCUCCUUACAAGUUUACCAGAGCUGGACCUGAAUUUCUCUGAGUCACCGAGUCGUCGUCGCCAAGUUGAGAUUUUUUGGUGCACUCAGUCAAGUGAAGAGAACAAAGAAUGCUUUCUGUUCGACAGAUAGCAGCAGCAAGUUGUAGUAGAAUUAAAGAAAGAUGCAGAAUAAAUGGAGUGAGCCAAUUUUUCCAAUCAUUUUCUACCAAAAAAGGGGAGGAUGAAUGGAAUGAUGCGUGGGAAACAGCGUGGCUACCAGAGGAUCUAACGGCUAAGAACAGAGCUCCAUGGGAAAUGGACGUCAAUUUCUCUUCACCCACAGGGAUAGAGGAUGCUGAGACCAAGGCUUUUGUUGAGGAAAUGAAUGAUAACUGGGAUGAGAGGCGGAAAACCCAGCCACAACCACAGCCAAAGAAUGAUAAUAAUAAAAAUGGAGGUGAUUCGCUUUAUAAUUUGGACAAUAUGAAAAAAGAUUACAGAUUGAAGAAGCAAAGAAUUCAUGCUGGGUUAUGGACCAAGGAAAUUGAGAAGCAGCAGGAGGAGGCUAUGAAUGCUACAUUGGGAGAUUCUUCUCCUGAUGAUAUCGACAGAUUGCUUGAUAGCUGCUCUGAAAUUUUUGACACUGCCAAUAAUGACUUGGACAACUCAAAAAUCCCAAGCUCUUCUGAGUUUAAAAAUAAACCUGAUGGUUGGGAAACAACAGCGAAGGCACAAGAUGGAAAUAUAUGGGAAAUGUCACAGAGGGAGGAAGAUAUUCUCCUCCAAGAAUUUGAUCGUCGAAUAGCAUACAGCAAAUUCCAGAUAGCUAGUUUUAUCAAGACUCACAUAUUUAGCCGGAGGAGGCCUAUUGAUGGUUGGAAAUACAUGAUAGAAGAACUAGGACCAAAUGCCAAGAAAGGGAAGGGUAGUGUUACAAGAGUGCCGAGCCUAUCUGAUCCAUCAACACAACCAUUCAAAGAGGACAGGAAAUUAAUUACCCACAAAGGGAGGUAGUUCAGUUCCUGACACCGCCGAACUUGUUUGUUCCCAGCCAUUGAUGUUUCUCAGGGGAAUAAGCACAAGUCAAACAGUUUCCCUUAUCUUUUUAAAGAGUUUUCUCUCGAACUCCAGAGUUGUGCUUUAUCAGUUUAGGGAGCAUGCGUGCUUCUGAGAUUCACAUGUUCAUCCAUGAAUGAUUUUUUUUUUCCCGAUCUCGUGUUCCAUGGAAUCUACAGCAACUUUUGAGCA